GAGCCACCUAGGUGCCCCUUAAUCUUUUAUAACUUAAAAUGUAGUGUUUUGAGCUUGUAGUGUAUCAGAAAAUGUUGACCUUUGAAGUUAUGGCUACAUCCCUACUUGAUCUUGAGCAGGUUUCAGUUUUUGAGCUUUUAUCUCCUUUCGGCACAAUGGUUGCAGACUUCAAUACAAAAACAUUAAGGUUAUAUAUAGGUUUGUGGUGACAUGAGCAUGGGGGAAUAGGCAUAUGGAGACUGGGGAGGAAAGAAAGAAGGAGCAGCUGAUACCUUUGUACACAACCAAGAUGCAAAUGAUCUGAGGAACAGAAAGAGGGCAGAUGAGAUGUUUGCAAAAGUGCUUUGUAGAUACAAAACAUUUCUUACAGCUCAGGUGCUGGUAUGUUUAGGGAAGAUACUUGUUUUAUUUUUCCAGUGGCUACAGGUUAUUAGCUUAUAAGACCACCUUUCCUAGGGAGUAGGAUCCUGCUUAGAGGCUGACAAGAGACCCACAAGUCACAAAUUCCAGCAGUUUGUGAAUUAUGAUUGGUUACUUUAUUCGUACUAAUAGUCUGUUUCUAGAAGAUUGGCAGUAUGAGAGGAAUAGGCUUAUUGGUAGAAAUUUGGGGGUGAUGUAGUUUUGUAUCAUUUCUUAACUCUUAGUGUGUUUGGCUUUGCUGUUUGGUAUGUACAGUUUUGCCACCUAUUAACCCAGCAGUGAAAUCUGAUCUUGGUAUCAGGUUCUCCUUUGUGGUUUGGUUUAUUAAUAAUUGAAGUACCUAAGGGUUCUGGGUGUGAACUCUGCAUACUUUGUAAUUGAUUUAGAAAGAACCAGGGAAGUUAAGAUUUUCUAUUAAAGUAAUUAAUAAAGCAUUGUGGCUUUGAAAUAAAUAUAUAUAACUGUUACACCAGAAUGACCAAAACAUGAUAAUAGGACCCAGUUUGUGUUUUUAUUGCCCUUAAAGAUGAAAGUAUUUUUAAACUUCUUGGUGCCCUUUUCCUUUCUAGUUUGGGUGUGUAGGAGUCUGUUUAUCAGAAAUAUUUUAGCACUGAUGUUGGUUUGGCAUUAAAAAAAAAUCUAUGUAAACAUGACCCUGGACAGCUGUGUUUAAUAUAGUAAAGAACCAUGGGGAGACUUUACAGUAUUUCUUGUUGGGACUUCAUGUCUGUAUAUUUUAGUAUUUAAAGGAUGUGGUUUGGGGCUUUGAAAAUGAGAAGGAUGUUGCCUAACUCAUAGCUGAAUGUCUGCUUAUCUAGAUUGUUCUGUCGUGGAGGUUAUUAGCAACGUGAAAGUUGUUUUUACUCUACUUAAACUGACAGUAUUAAGUUGGAAAACUUUUGUGGAAGUGUUUGCACAUGGCUGGUGAGUAGGAUUUUCUUUAAAAUCUGGCAUUGCAUAGAAAUUUUUAGGUAACUAGGGUGCUGGAAAAAAGUGGCUACUCAAGCCAAACUGUGUUUUGCUUUGCAGAAAAGUAAUGAAGAUUAAAAGUGACCAUGACAUGGAGAGCAUCUCCACUUCUUCCACCUCCCAUCACUGAGCUGGCAGUGCACUAGGCCAGGAAGUGGUGGGUGGAGUUGUUUAGUUGUAUCAACUUCCUGGUCUGCCCAAGUAUCGAUUAGUCAGGCACUCCCAUGUUCCAUUUAAAAGAUGGUUGCUGAUCUUUUAAAAGAAAGAUUUCCAUUAAAUCCUUAGGUUUGACAUUGAUUCACUCUAAUGAACACUUGCCAGGUGCAAGGAAGGCCCUGUGCUACAUGCUCUGUGAGAGCUACAGAAAGGAGUAUGAUUACUCAUACCUUUCAGUUUACAGUACAGUAGGGGAGAGGAAGACAAGAUAGACCAAGAGCCUCUGUUAUGCACCUAAAGCCAUACUGGAAACUCCAGAAGAAAGAGCGACCUCUGGAAAUCAGCAGGGAAACUUUGAGAACUCCUAUGAGCCACCACGAAGCUAUAAAUGAUGAAAAAUGCAAAGCUAGCUACAUGAAACCAAGUGUCUUUCCUUCACCCUCUCUUGGUAAAGCGUCAUCUCGAAAGCCUCUUGGGAUUCUUUCUCCAAAUGUUCUGUGCAGUAUGAGUGGGAAGAGUCCGACAGAGAGCAGCUUGAAUGUUAAAACCAAGAAGAAUGCACCGUCUGCAUCAAUCCACCAGGGUGAAGAAGGGGAAGGGCCGCUUGAUAUCUGGGCUGUUGUGAAACCGGGAAAUACCAAGGAGAAAAUUGCAUUCUUUGCAGCCCACCAGUGUAGCAAUAGGAUAGGAUCUAUGAAAAUAAAAAGCUCCUGGGACAUUGAUGGGAGAGCUACUAAAAGAAGGAAAAAAUCAGGAGAUCUUAAAAAAGCCAAGAUACAGUUGGAAAGGAUGAGGGAAGUCAACAGCAGGUGCUACCAGCCUGAGCCCUUUGCAUGUGGCAUUGAGCACUGUUCUGUGCAUUAUGUGAGUGACAGUGGGGAUGGCGUCUAUGCCGGGAGGCCUCUGUCAGUCAUACAGAUGGUUGCCUUCCUCGAGCAAAGAGCCAGUGCCCUGCUAGCUACAUGUACGAAAAACUGCACUAACUCACCUGCUGUGGUGAAGUUUCCUGGGCAAUCCAGAAGUGUGCCCCCAGCCUCCGAGCCCUUUUCUGCCCCAGGAGCUUGUGAAGAAUCCACGGAAAGGGGAAAUUCUGAGGUUGGUGAACCACAGAGCGAGCCAGUCCGUGUCCUUGACAUGGUAGCCAGGCUGGAGUCUGAGUGCCUGAAGCGGCAGAGCCAGCGUGAGCCUGGGAGCCUCUCGAGGAAUAACAGCUUCCGUCGAAAUGUGGGCCGCGUGUUGCUUGCAAAUGGCACUCAGGCUAAUGAAGGCAAAACAAACAAAGGGGCCUUGGAGGCACCAGACACUCAGGUGAAUCCUGUGGGGUCUGUAUCUGUGGACUGUGGCCCCUCAAGAGCCGACCAUUGUUCUCCCAAGGGGGAUGAGUCCUGGGACGGUGCUCCUCGGGGCUGUCCGUCGUUGCCAGCGAGUGUGAAUUUCCUCAUGGACAGUGCAGAAUUUGAGCCAGAUCAGCAAACUGCCCUGAAAAAUGGCAAUAAAUAUGAUGUGGAGAUGACAGAAGAACUUGUUGGGUCAUCUUUUCCUGCUGGCACCUGCCCUCAAGCCAUUGAAUUGCCCACAGAUGCUGUUGAUUGUCUGAGUAGAGAGCUCGUGCCGCUUACUAGCCAGAAUCCUGAUCAGAGAAGAAAGGAAUCUUUGUGCAUUAGUAUCACUGUGUCCAAGGUAGAGCAAGGCCAGCCUUCUAGUUUAAAGCCCUGUGAAGACCCACUUCCAGGGAUGUUGUUUUUUUUGCCACCUGGUCAGCACCAGUCAGACUGUUCCCAGUUGAAUGAAAGCACAAGGGAGUCUUCCGAUGCCGGCCACCUUCAGGAUGCUGCUGAGGGUGACAGUACCACUGAGGAAAAAAGUGUUUCAGCUGAUUCAUUUGUCCUGCCAGCCUCUCCUGUGGAAAGUACAUUACCGGUGCUUGAGGCAUCCAGUUGGAAGAAGCAAGUGUCUCAUGACUUUCUGGAGACCAGGUUUAAAAUCCAGCAGCUUUUGGAGCCUCAGCAGUACAUGGCUUUUCUGCCCCACCACCUCAUGGUGAAAAUCUUCAGGUUACUUCCCACCAAGAGCUUAGUGGCUCUUAAGUGUACCUGCUGCUAUUUCAAGUUUAUCAUUGAAUACUACAAUAUCAGGCCAGCAGAUUCCCGCUGGGUACGAGAUCCACGAUACAGAGAGGACCCUUGCAAGCAGUGCAAGAAAAAAUACGUGAAAGGGGAUGUGUCCCUGUGCCGGUGGCACCCCAAGCCCUAUUGCCAGGCAUUGCCCUACGGGCCAGGAUACUGGAUGUGCUGCCACCGGUCUCAGAAAGCCUUCCCUGGCUGUAAGCUGGGGCUUCAUGACAAUCACUGGGUCCCUGCGUGCCACAGCUUUAAUCGGGCAAUCCAUAAGAAAGCGAAGGGGACUGAAACUGAAGAGGAAUACUAAAGUCUACAUGAGAGGCGACAGAAGGACUGGUUUUCUAGAAUUGCAGAACCCCACCUAGAGCUGUAGAGCUACCAUGCAAGUGAGUGUUGCCUCUCAGAGCCGUCACUGUAGGAGAAUCCGUAUGUAUUCCAUCAGGACUGCCAUUGCUCAGGCAAUUUUUAAACUCUUGCUUUACGAGCUGUACAAGGAAAUCGGUCUCAUUGUUUUAUAGUGGCACCUCCCAUUUGGUCCAGGGUGGUAUCCCACGGUUUGAUUCACUUGGCUGUGAAUAACUAUGCCUAUUCUCCCAAAUCAAAUCCAUCCUCAAACGACGAAGACUUGCCACCAUCAAGGACAUUCAGAAGAGUUCAUUGCAGACUAUGCAGGCGAUCCCCAAAAAGGGGUUCCAGAAAUGUUUUCAAGCACUGGCACCAUAUUUGAAAUAAGUGAAUAGUGUCCUCUGGAAAGAAUAGCAGCACUCUCGGAUGAAAAGUAUGCUUACAAAGGAAAAGUCAGGCACCUUACCUUAGCCCUUGUAUGCUUGAUCUGUGAGAUUGAGGUUUGUGGUUGGAGAUGGAUUUCAUGCCCUGUGGUGUUUACAGUGUAUAUAAUGGUUGUGUUUUCAUAGGGCUGUGAAAGUGCACAUUAAACCCGAGCGCCUUUACCUUAGAUGAGUGCUUUUGACCCCUCUGUAAAUAACACUAUUAAAUCCAGUUGUAUAGCGCGGAUAGCUGACUGAAGAGAAUCCCCACAAUGCAGCUAGGAUAGUGUUGCGGCUACAAUUGUGUGGGUUUUUGUUUUGUUUUUUUUUUUUUUUUUUUUUUUGGUCUCAUCUUAAAUUUGUACAUCCUGUAUAAAAUAUGAAUGUUUCCCAAAUAAACUAUGAAUGUUUCCUGUAUAAUAUAUGAACGUUUCUGAGAAGAAACUCUAAAUAGUUAAGAGGUUAACCUGUUGAAGAUACCAAAUAAUGGUUUAACUGGACAACCUUAAAAUUAGUAUAGAGAAAAAUCCUUUGUUAUAUUUUAGUGACCCAUCAAGAAUGAGAGAAUAUUAUAUAGUCAGAUUAUAACAUUCUUGUCUACUUUACUCUUUCUGUCUGGUUAUGAAUUUUUUUUUUUAACUUCAAUAAAAACAUGCAUCUUAAAUGGGA